AUGAGCCAGCUUCAUGUCUACUUCCUUCUACGGCAGCAGCAGGCGUUCCGGCGUCAGCUCGAUACCUGCGGAAGUAAUGCCCGCGCACAGUCCUCUACCCGCGGGCUGAGCAGCAGCGGCGGAAAGUCAUGGAACAAGAAGAGUCCACUCGGCGCCAGGUCCAGCGUCGACGUCAAUGCCCGCGACCCCAUGGGCAGGACCGUCCUCCACCUCGCCGCUGCCGCCCAGGACCCCGCCGCGACUGAGUAUGUCCGCAUGCUCCUCGCGCACCCUGAUAUCCUCGUCAACUUCCCCGACAAGGAGAGCCACUGGACGGCGCUGCACCGUGCCCUCUAUCACGGCAACAUUGCCACCGCGGUGGUGCUCCUCCAGCGCACCGACAUUGACCCCUCUGUCCGCGACUGUGAGGGCUACACCGCAUUUGACCUGUACAACUCGACCCUCGAGGGCACGAAGCCCGACACAGAUGAUACGACCUUUGCGGACCUGUUUACAUGGGGUGUGAACAGGAAUGCGACCCUUGGCCUGGAGAACGGCGACGAUAGGCUGUUUCCUGAGCAGGUCGUCAUACGCCCGCCGGAGGACGUGCCGGAGAACGAGCAUAUCGAUGUGCGGUUCUCCUCCAUCCAUGUCGGGGACGCUGCCAUGUCGAGGCUUCACACAGCCGUCAUCACCUCGGAAGACCGAGGCAAUCUGCGUGUUUGCGGUUUUGGGAACGGCGGACGGCUUGGCCCAGGCCAGCACACGCAAUAUGGCCUCGUCCCGCUGCCCCAGCUGUCCCACACCAUCGUCUCUAUCGCGCUGGGACAGGACCACACCCUCGCACUCACCAAAUCUGGCGAGGUGCUCAGCUGGGGCUUGAAUCGAUUCGCGCAACUGGGGUAUGUCGUCGACCAGCCCGCAAGUGCUGGAGGCUUGGGGCGCUCGGAGGAGCCGAUACAGGCGACGCCCCGGAAGGUAGCGGGUCCGCUGAAGAACAAGCGCGUGCUCGGUGUCGCGGCCUGUAAGACAGCAUCCGCAUGCUGGACGGAGGCCGAGGUAUAUACAUGGGGGACAAACAAUGGCCAAUUGGGAUACGAUAAAUCCGCUCAGCCCGUUCAGGUGCUGCCCAGGGUCGUGACCAAAGUGUCGCAGCCUGUUAUUUCCGUCUCGAUUACAGACAAUGCAUUGGUCUGUCUACUCGUGACGAAUGACGUCGUCUGUCUCUGGAACGACAGGCAUUCCAAAGUAAACUUCCCUGCACAUGCUUUUCCCUCUGAGAUUACCGUAUACCGGCCCCCACAGGCUGUGCACAACACGAGCAUCAGGAAGAUCACUAAUUGCGAUAAUACCAUCGCCGCGCUGUCCACGAACGGGGAGGUGUUCACCUUCACGGUGCCGGCGCCUUCCGAUGCCAGUUCUGGCACAGACAGAAACAAGGGCAGGAACACGAUUGUCCCGCAGCGCGUUUGGGCCCUGCGCAAGAAGGUCACCGCCGUUAGAGACGUGGCGCUCGGCGCAGACGGCUCGCUCAUCGUCUGUACCGAGUCCGGGCAUGUCUUCGUGCGCGCGCGCGUUGCCAAGGCAGGCCAGGGCGCAGGCACCAGGGCGCUCAAGUUCCAGCAGGUGCCCUACAUCCAGCGCGCGGUGCGCGUGUACGCGAACGCCACGGGCUCAUAUGCGGCGCUGCGCGUCGAGCACCGGCCCCCGCCGAUCAAGGUGGCAGGGCAUACGCUCGCGCAGGACAUGGCAGAGGUGCAGCCGUACAUGCGGCACCGCACGCGGGAGGCGGCGGGCCCGGAGGUCAAUGGCACAGGCGACCACGGGAAGCCGCCAGAGGUGUCCUCGGACCCCGAUGACCAGCUGGACGAGGAAGGUGAGGACCUGGCCAUCCAGCGGGACAUCAAGCAGAUAGAGCUGCUGUGCGGCGUGCUCGAGACGAUGCGCGAGCAGGGCGACUCGGCGGGCCUAUAUGACGGGCGGAUGCCGUUCGGCGCCGACCUGCUCGUGCAGGUCGGCUCGGCCGCCUGCGAGUUCCCCGCGCACCGCGUCGUGCUCGCAGCGCGCUCUGCCCCGCUGCGGCACCUCCUGGCCAGCGGGACGCCCGUCCAGGACACGGCGGCGCUGCUCACCGCAGAGCUGCUCACCGCGGAGGCGAGCGCGAGCACGCAUGCGAAGCUCGGGUUCGCGGGGUGCCAGCCCCUGUCUGUGCUCAUCCUGCUCGCGUACCUGUACUCCGACGACCCCCCGGCGCUGUGGGACCCCCGCGUGGGCCCUGCGGUCGGGCGCCGCCUGGUGCGGUUGGGCAGCAAGCCCGAGCAGGUCAAGGCGGAGCUGAAGGCGUUGGCGCGCAUGCUCCAGCUGCCGCUGCUCGCCGAUGUGCUCGACGCGCCCGUGAAGCGGCUCCCGAAGCCGAGCAUGGGCGGCGACAUGCGCCGGCUGUUCGAGGCCAGUCAGAGCUGGGGCCCCGCGUUGGCGCGCUCGCCGGACGCGCCGGACGUGGUGUUGCGGCUCGCGGACAGGGACGUGUAUGCCCACUCGACGAUCCUGCGCGCGCGCUCGUCGUUCUUUGCGACGUUCUUCGACGACGAGGACUGGACGCGGGACCGGUGGACGCCGGAGGGCAUGGUCGUCGUCGACCUGAAGCACCUCCGCUGGCGCGAGAUGGAGUACGUGACGCGCUUCUUGUGCUGUGACGGGGACCAAGAGAUGUUCGACGUGCUGGAGCAGGUGCACUCCGUGGACGAGAUGCUGGACUUCAUGUUCGAGGUGCUGUCUGCUGCGAAUGAGCUGCUGAUCGACCAAUUGAUCUUACUCUGCUGCUCGGUGAUCCUCAAGUAUGUGUCCGUCUGGAAUGCGUGCUCCGUGCUGUCGGACGCGUCGCACUACAACGCGGCGGCGCUCGUCGACGCCGUGCACGACUACUUGGCGGUCAACGCGGAGACGCUCCUCGAGAGCAGGAUGCUCGAUGACAUGCGCGGCAACCUCGUGAAGCAGCUGUCGGCCUUCAUCCGGCGGCGCCAGCUGGAGAAGUACCCGGUUUCCCGCUCGAACAAGCUGGUCGACGCCGCGAUGGAGACGCACCGCGCGUGGCUCGCUCUGCAGGACAUCCCGCAGACGAUCGUCCCCAAUCCCCGCGUGGGCGCUCUCGGCGAUCGGGACUCGGCCAAGCUGUCUCCACCUGGGCCGAUGCGGUCCUUCCCUCUAACGGCCCAUGCCACGUCUGCGCCUGGAAGCCCGUUGAUUCGCCCUGAAGCAACCGCCAAGCCAGCGGCGAAUAUGCCCGCUGACGACGAGCUCUUCCUCAUGGACGAGCCGGACGCGUCCCCGGUUACGCCCAUUCCGGGCAAGCCACCGGCAAUCUCGGCUGUCCCAGCAGAUAGCCCAAGAAAGCCUGUCGGUGGCUGGAAGGCGACCUCGGUCGUUCCCCGAGUCGACAUGAAAGCCAUCAUGGCCGAGGCCGAAACGGCUGCGGCACCCAAGAGGCCCGCUCCUAUCCCUGUUGCCCGUGUGUCUAGCGGCGGUGCGACACCUACUCCGCGGGGUACACCGCCCAGAGACGGUAGCAAGCCUCUCAAGCCACUCAUCCCGCCUACGGCGACCGCAACGCCGAGGACCGUGUCGGGUUCUUCAUGGAGGAUUCCCAGUACUGCGAAGCCUGGUUCGUCCCCACCGAAUACGGCUGCAGGUGGCAGCCGUCCCGAUGCGAGUGCGAGCCUUGUGGCGAAGCGAGCACCUGCCGUUUCGCGGCCGCAGGCGUCUACGACUCCGCCGACGACUCCGAAGAAGGCUUCACGUCCGCCGGGCUUGGGUCCCGUCAUCACCCCAACGAAGCAGUCUGCGCCGUCGAAAUCAUCACCUUCGGCCAUCCGGCGUGUGUCGAGCGGAAGUGUAUGGACGCCGCCGCCAGUCCAGCCGGUUGUCCAGGCAUCGUCAUCCACUUCCGCCAUGUCCUUUGCCGCUAUCCAGGAGUUGCAGCGGGAGCAGAACAAUCCGGCUAAGGACAAGAGGUCCCUCGUCCACAUACAGGAAGAAGAACGUGCACGACAGAUCGAGGAAGAUUUCUUGAAGUGGUGGGCCACGGCAGAAGCACGGCUGCAAGAAGAGCAGAAGGCUUCUUCUUCUACUGCACAAGCUGCAAGUCGGCCACGAAAGUCAAAGAAGCCGAAGAAUGACAAGAAUAUGCCCUCUACAGCGAUUCCGAGGCCCCAAGACAGCAGCCAACAAAUCCCAGGCAAGAAUGCGAAGCCACAGAGGAAUCGUAUUAACAAUAAGAAGAUGGCUCAGCCAGGACCCUCAUGA